AAAGAGGGAACAGUCCUGACUGAAGCGAUCGCUCUGGACCUCAUGUUUGUGCUCCUCUUUGCAAGCUUUGAAACCACUUCUCUCGCUCUCACUUAUGCCACCAAAGUACUCUCGGACCAUCCCUUAGUACUCAAGCAAUUACAAGAGGAACAUGAAGCCAUCCUGAAGCGACGUGAAGAUACUAAUUCCGGAAUCACGUGGAAAGAAUACAAAUCAAUGACAUAUACAUUUCAGUUCAUAAAUGAAACUGUGAGACUCGCAAAUAUAGUUCCUGGAAUCUUCCGGAAGGCAAUGAGGGAAAUUAACUUUAAGGGUACGUGUUUCAUAUGUUUAUCGUAACAUCUUAUUUUAGUAGAAUAAAAUUACUAAAAUAAAACAUUAUAUAGAUGUUAAUUUAUCAGAAACUACAAAUCACCGAUAAAGAAGAUCUUACACUUGAAGAACCAAACUCUAUCUAUGUUGCUGCUUCAUUCUCAACUGAGAGACGUUCUCUAUAAGUUUAAAUCAUUUAAGGUGAUCAUCAUAAAAGAAAAAAUACAAAUAAACAAACAUAGACAAAAACAAGAGUAAGCUAGUGAUACAAAACAUUUUCAUAAUACAUUAAAAACAUAUUAGACAUUUUACUUAAUGAUAUAUAUCUCACACCAAAUCAACCAAACACUUUAUGCAUGACAGUUCGUGCACUUGUUAUGGUGAAAUAGCUGACCCACCCCAAGGUACCACACAAGGUUAGUGCAUUAUCACUCGUCUUAGGCCAAGGUAAAGCACCUAGACAAGAACCUCCUCUUAUUCUCACGACAUGUCUCACCCUUAUCUACUUGAGAAUGGGUGACCAUUAGAAUGUUAGGAUGAACUUCAAGACUGAGCUUCCCAUAUUGAUACUUACAAUACUUGAAACCACCACUGAGAAGUUCCUCCUUGGAACUCUCUUCCAUACCUUUGAAACCAUUGAGACCAUUUCACAUUCACAUAGUAUAUCAAUACAUUAGACUACUGAUCAUACAUU